CACCAAAACAGUAUAAGCACAGACAGAAACACUAUAAAGAUGAAUUUUUAUUGCAUUCUGCUGCUCGUAAUUUUAAACAUAUGCUGCUUCGACUGUUCCCCCUAUCGCUUGAAUUACGUAACAAAAAGAGACAAGUACUGCGGAAAGCGAUUGACUAACAUGCUUUUUAUUGUAUGCAAAGGAAAAUUUUACAAUCCCAGAAAUAGAAGAUCUGCUAGUUACUCCAGUCUCGACAACGAUUAUCCUAUUGAUAUUAGUACAGACUACGACUCAGAUUCCGUAUAUUCACUACUACAAAAAGAUUUCCUUACUGUAAUACCCAACAAGAGGCAAAUUGUGAAAGAAUGCUGUGAGAAACCUUGUACAGUAGAAACUAUGGCACAAUAUUGUGAUUAUUAAUACCAAAAAUAAUAAUAUUGUUUAUAUUCAAUAAAUUUUUGAUGAUUAUAAUAAAACUGUCAAUUA